AUACCAUCAUAGGUUUUUGGAAGAAGGGGAAAAAAGACUUGCUCUAAUGAAAUCAUAUAAUCAAUUUCUUUAUGAGAUGCUUGAAGUCCCAGACAAGCUGAGUCAAUUAGAGACAUGGCAUGUAAAGCAGUUUGAUGAAAGUCUUCUCCCAGUCUAUGGUUGGAUUCAAGAAACAGGUAGGAUGGGAUGGAUUGAAGAGACAAGAUUACAAGGAUGGGAAGGUGAGGAGAAGGAUCAGAAGGAAUGGAACCAAGAUUUUGGAGGAUUAGGAUGGAACGAGAUGAAUGAAUGGAACGAUGAGCUGGUCAAUCUGGGAUUAGAUGUAGAAUCGGAGGGUUCAGAAUUUAGGAAACUGUUGGCAGAUUGGGCAGAGAAGGAGGCUAGCAAACUAGGACAAGGAGCAUCUGAGACAAUGGAGGCUAGCAAACUAGGACACGGAGCAUCCGAGACAAGGGAGGUUAGCCAACUAGGACAAGGAGCCUCAAAGACAAGGGAGGCUAGCAAACUAGGACAAGGAGCCUCAGAGACAAGGGAGGUUAGCCAACUAGGACAAGGAGCCUCAGAGACAAGGGAGGUUAGCCAACUAGGACAAGGAGCCUCAGAGACAAGGGAGGCGAGCAAACUAGGACAAGUAGCCUCAGAGACAAGGGAGGUUAGCCAACUAGAACCUGAAGCAUCCAAGACCGCGAAAAUAAAAAGAAGGAAGUAUACUAAAAGAUCUAAACCUAAUGGAAGAAAAGAAGAAAACCAGAACGGUCAGCUGGUGGAACUAGGUGGAGAAUACUUUUCCAACCUAGAGUCAGGAUUUCAAGUUCAAGGUUCAAGGUUUCUCAGGCAUCAAGAUUUCAACUAUGGAAAUCUUAUUGCUGUUCCUGCUCCUAUAUUUGUAAUGUUUGGUUUUCCUACUGGAGCUCAAUAUAAAAACUGAAUUUGAUGUUCAAUGUUAAAUGAAAUAUUUUUUUUCAGAUGGUUUAAAACAAAAAUGCAGAGCUUCGACUUUUUAGGUGUUCACAAUCGGUUAUAGGUUGAAACAUAAUAUACUAUAGUUCAUAUUUUGUGAUAAACAUAUAAAGAUCUUUUAUGAUUGUAAACCAAUUUCUAUUUCGAAGCAGAUCAAAUAAUGUUUAAGUUACCACUUUGUUGUAAUGAAUAAACAUAAAGCUAAAGGAA